CCCUCGUGGCCGACGCUUUGCCUACUGACCUGAAGAAGAAGUGGUCUCUCUGUCCAGCUAUCGCCAGCGGCACCUCUGCAUGUGCCAGGCCGCGAUGCUGUCGAAGCCGGCCGCUUCGUCCGGCGGCGCGCGGCUCGCGAUGCUGUGCGGCGGGGUCGUCGCCGCCGGCGUCGCGCACGCGCUCCUGCAGGAGCAGAUGCUCUACGCGAUGCCCGCGAAAAUGCCGCUCGUUGUGACUGCGUACGAGUUUGGCGUGAUCGUCAAGUCGUGCAAGCUCCUCCCCACGAUGGCGCUGGGCUCGCUGCUGCUGCACAAGUCGUACACUGUGUGGGACCACGCCGCCGCGCUGCUGCUCUGCUGCGGCCUCGUCGGCUUCACGCUCGCGUCGCACGGAUCUGCGGCGAGAGAGCCGUCGGGCGGGGAGGAGGAGCAGCAGACUUCUUGGGUGGGCCUCGCGCUGCUGAUGCUCGCGGUCUGCUGCGAUGCGGUGCAGGUGCUGCUGCAGGAGCGGAUGAUGCGCUCCCACCCGCUGCUCACGCCGAUGCAUGUCGACGCGGUGCCGGUCGGGCUGCCUUGGGGGCGGCUGCUCCUGUACGGCGCCUCGUCGUGGAUCGGCGUCUGCUGCUUCCUCGCCCUCACUCGCUCCCACGGCGGCACGGCGGCGGUCGUGGCGACGAACAGCCGCAAGCUCGUCUCGAUCUGCCUCUCCUUUAUCGUGUUUCCGAAGCCGGUCUCGGGCAUGAUGUUUCUCUCUGGCGCGUCGGUUGUCUCCGGCGUCGCGAUACACGCCACGCGCAAGGCGACCAUGCCGACGCCGAUGCCGAAGCGGCGCGCCGAAUGACCGUGCGCCGAGGCCAUUCUGCCACCCGUCGCCCUCGCUACUGUGCCGCCGCUCCCAGUCGGGCUGCCACGGCAACGUAUUUGCGCCCAGUUCUGCUCUCGCCACGAGUCGGCUGUCGCUCGGCGCGGGGCUCGCGGCCGCGCUGGCUCUGAGACCGCCAGCGUGGAGGAAGGACGUUUUGGGAUCUAUUAAACCAUCCUUAGCGAAUGCAA